UUUUUCAGCUUGUCCUUUGACAACCGCUCUGGAGGUUGUUUUCAGGAAGAGCAGCACACUGGGCGAUAUUACAGUGGUUGUGAAUGGAGUUUCUAAUGUGAUAAUGUGUUAAAAUAGUGGUGUGGGCGAGCGAAGCAGAAAGAAAGAGGAGGACUGAGUGAGCUUUCCUUAUAUUUUGUUAUUUGGGUCUGUACUGCAGAGUGAGCUGCUUGUAUGUCCAGUUGCAGAAGACACAAGUGAUGAUUGAAAGAUAAGCAAAGCUGACAGCAUUCCUCAUUGGGAUGAGGAUACUAACUUCAUGUUGGAGUGAGGAUUCAGGUUUCAGGAAGCAUCCUUGCAGAAAACUGGACAGCAAUGGCUGAUCAAGGAUUUAAGGAGAGAGGUGACAGAGGUGGAGAGUCUGAAGGUGGAGCAAGAAAUGGUACGACUAUGACUCAGGUUUGCAAAAGCACUGUCAUGUCAUGCCCAUCUCUAGAACAAGCAUCUCUGCACAGGAUUUCUGAGGAAAUGAAGGAAACCUUGCUUUGGAAUGUGAUCAAUAGUCAAAGAGUGUUCAAUGAACAAGUAAAGAGAGCUGUCUUAGAAGCACAAAACAGAUGUCCUGGCUUGAGAACAUGCCAAGAGGACAAUAAAUUUGCUGAUUGUAAUGGACAUAUGUCAACAGACAUGACAAGUCCAUUGAUCAACACCUGUAAUGAACAAGACAAAUAUAAAUCAAUAUCCACAAAUAAGGAAUGUGUCAGUAUCAGCUCUAAUGAUAAAAAGCCAUUGAAUACCAGCACCAGCAGCAAGCAUGACUCCAUGAGUGACACAUGCAAUUUUGAUCAAAUAUUAGCAAAAAAUAGAAAUAGUGACACACAAGGGCAUACUCAUACCAGCUGCAUUGAUGAACAACAGUGUGAUUUAAAUGAUCUCUCUGCAGCCAGUGAGGAGCUACUCAAUUCCUUUAGUGAUGAAAACAGGCUUCUGACAAACAAUACAGUCCUUGAUGACUGUAUUGGGGAUCAUAUUAAUUCUUGUCAAAGAGUGAAAAGUGGAUUUGAUUUGAAUAAAGAUUGUCCCAGAGACGGCUCAACAUCCAUGGAGAACGGGAGAACUGACAUCCAUCCUGCUCAGUCUGGGUCAAAUAAGGUAUCAUCUAAACCAGAGUCUUGUGUCAGUGCAUACCCAUGCUGCCCACAUGUGUCUUGUUUGUAUAAUCAGCCAGGUAAGCUUUGCACAGUCUUAGGGAAACAAUUCAUCUUGACAAGUAUUGAAGAUGCCCCAGUACUGAUUGAACUGAAGCUAGAAAUGCUGCAUGGCCAUCCAUGCGGGUGCUUGAUUCUUUGGCGAGGGAAGAAUCCAGUACCAUUGGCUAGCCUAAGAGAUGGAACGCAAAUAUAUUUUGAUGCUGUUGUAUUUCCAAAUUCAUCCAGAUUUACAUGUUUGGUGGUCUGGCAAGAAGAGAAGCCAAAAGUAAGUGUAGAGCCAUAUUUUGAUUCUUGUGUAUUUCUAUGUGAGGUAAAGGGAGUUACUGGGACCCUAAUAUCUUUUGAAAAGGGCAUGGGAUGUGUUAGUGCUGUUAUAGAUGGAGAAGUGGAAAUGCUCACGUUUUCUCCUUCAAUUUUUUUCAUUAAUGGAAAGAAGGUUGGGGGAAAAUCUAGAAUAAUUGAACUCCUUGCCAACAAAGAUUUGAAAGUAUGCAUAGAUGUUGUCAAAUUUGCAACAGCAGGUGAAUGUGUCUCACUUUGUUCUCGAAUUUGGAAAAAAGAGGAACCAGCCAAUCAAAAUCUGCAGAUAGUUCCAAAUCAUUUAACUUUAUAUAGAAAUGUACAGGGCAGCUUUAUUAAGAAUAAAAAACAAGCCCAUUUGUACAUUGAUGUAGAAGCCAAUGUUAACAUGACAGAGGAUGAAUAUUAUCUACAAUUUAAUUUAGAUGGAAAUGAAAUAAGUCUGCCUUGGGUUGAUAAAAUCUUGCAUGUAAACAACAGAAAGACAAAGGCAGAUGUGACAGUAAGAAGAGUAAGGGCGCACAUCUUGCGAUGGAAGAGCAACACCAACAUGAUUGCUUACAGAUUCUUAAUGGUUCAAGCAUAUACAGGUAGAACACAGCAGCUAGAAACUGAUUUCCACAAGGAUGAAACCAAAAUUUCUCAUUUGUCUAUGGAUGAAACACACAAUGCAGAGUCAGACACAAGCAUGCUUGUACUUACAGAGUUAAGUGAAGUUAGUGCAUGUGUGGAUUUAGAUAGUCCUGACUCAAAUGCCAAUAAUCAUUUAUCAAGUGGGGUAGGACAAACAAAAGAUCUUUCGGUUGUUUCAUGUACAUAUGAAACAAAAGGUAUGGAAAAUAAGGCAUUGUUAAGUAUCCCUUUUCAAAAAUAG